GCUGUCAAAAUAGCUUUUUCCAUGCCAAUAAAAUUAAUGCAUUCAUUACGACUUGCUUAAUUUUCUUGUCUAUAUCGCAAGAUUUUCUCCCUAGUUGAUGUGGAGUUUAAACCCCAGUGCUAGUGAAAUUUAGUCAACGUGGGGCCAACAAGAAAUUUAUCCUGUUAAUUGAAGAGUAUCAGCAGUUCAACAUGGUUGAUGUUGCUCGGCAAUUACUCGACGAACUGAUGGGAAGGAACCGUAAUCUGGAUCCUUCGGCUUCUGCAAAGGAAGUUUCGUGGACGGAUGAAGAGUUUUGUCCGUACUUUUUGGUGAAGUUUUGUCCACACGAUCUGUUUGUAAAUACUCGGGCCGAUUUGGGGCAAUGCACCAAAUUGCACGACGAUGAAGCGAAGCGGCUGUUUGAUGAAGCAAAACCUUGUCGUAAAAAAACUCAAUACGAAGAGGACUUUUUACGUUUUUGCACCAACAUGAUUAAUGAAGUGGACCGUAAGAUAGUGAAAGGUAAGCAAAGACUUCUUCUCAUGAACAGCAAAACGGAAGGAGGUCGACCUGUACCCAAACAUCAAGAUCAGGUGAAUUCGCUAACCGAACGGAUCAAUAAACUUGUGCGCGAGGCGGAGGAGGCCGGAACACGCGGAGACGUCGAACAAGCACAGGGUUUAAUGGAGCAAUGUGAUCAGCUGAAGGAGGAAAAAGAAGCUCUGAUAAAGCAACACGAAUCAAACGGAUGGUCAGUCACUGCGGAGAUUGCAGCAUCCCAGGAGAAACAAAUGGAAGUUUGUGAAGUGUGCGGCGCUUUUCUGAUCGUUGGCGAUGCACAGCAAAGGAUUGAUGACCAUCUCACGGGAAAACAACAUCUAGGAUAUUCUAAAUUGCGCAAAGCUGUUGAUGAAAUGUAUGAAGCGAGAAGGAAGCACACCGUAAACCUUGAAGAGCGUCGGUCUAAAGAUGAUGAUCGUCGCAGACGAGACAACGUGAAACGAGAGGAACGUAAAUCUCGCGACCGAGACGAUCGGUACGGUAACAAGCGUGAUGAUCGAGAUCGCAACCGCUAUCGGCGUGAUCAUCGAGAGUACAAGGAAAGAUCUGAUCGCUAUGAUAAUCGUCAACGAGAUCGUCAUAGUAGACGCGAUCGAACUGAUCACCGGGAUCGCAAUCGUAGCCGCAGCCGUAGUUACUAAAAGAGCAUACAAACAUUUCGGAUCUCAUAGGUGGUUUUGUAGCAUGAAGUCAUCCAGGCGGGUGUGAAGUUCUUUAUGCCGAAGCGUUUUCCUUCACAUGAGGUAUCUCUACUAAGAAUAGAAAAAAUUAAAAUCAAAACACAUCCUUAUAAGACCAAUAUAAACGAUAUCUAAACAGUCGUAGAAAAUCUUCUAGUGUGCAAGGUAAGCAUUCGUUUUAACUGUGUCAUGAAAUGAUUAAUGUUUUAUUUAUUUUUUCACAUUGUGAAUUUCGUAUUGCGCGCGCGUGUGUGUGUGUUUUUUUUAUAAAAUCGCUCGACGAGAUAUCGUCGAGAUAUGGCGUCUGUUUCAGCGUUUUGUUCUUUUGUAGGAUUUAAUGUAAUCGAUAUCAUACUUUUACAUUGUGUGUAUUUUACAGUUAGUAAAUAUUUCACUUGGUAUUCGUUUUAAAACUAAUUCAAAAAGAGAGAAACGAUGUUUUUAUCGGUCAAUCUUCGAAACAUUUGUAGAUUAGAGCAUUUUAAAAGAGCAAAUUAAAGACUAACGUGAGAAGCUGUUGAUAAAAUUUUAAACAAUAUUUGAAUGCAUUCGUUGUAUAUGGUUUUGUUAUCCCAUCACUCGUUUACCGCAAAACCUGUUUUGUGGAGGUAAAUGGACAACAGAUGGUGAAAUCGUCUGUUCCAGUACAUUAUAUAUUUGAAUUCUAGUUGUGUAUACUAGUCGCCGCUUUCACCGCUAUAGCCUGUAGACUGGCCGUUUUUGACGGUGGCACCAAUUGGUGUCGAAAAUAAGGUACAAAUAGCCUAAGAUACUAUCCCUAAGACAAACGAACAAUACAAAUCGACCUUAACGCUCUUCUUUUGCUCAAUAGUAAACUUCACCGUGCAUUUAUAAUUACAACAUGCUCGCGCUAGUAUUAAGCCAUCUGUAUCUUGUGCAGUUUGAAUGGUUGGUCAUGAUAGAACAGCUGAUGUAGGACUUGCAGAAGAGGUAAUUGAUACCUGGUUAAUUAUAUUUUCAAAGCAAAUGUAAAGGAAAGUCAUGGAUGUACAGCCUUUAUGCUUCUUCGUUAUGCAGGAUAAAAUCAACGAGACAGUAUGAAAGAGAACAGUAUGUUCAUAUCCUGUUGUAUUGUUAACGUUGUGUAGCCAUAAAUGCAACGUGACUGCUAUGUUUGGUGGAUCGAAGCGAAAUUAAUCGAGGUAAAUUCUCAUCUUAAAGAUGCUCUUGUUGAUGUAAUAUAAACAACACUGUUCGCAGCAUUAUACUAUUAAAUCUUCCUGCUGGCUAAACCGUUGAAGGUAAUUGGUUUUACUCUGUAUGCUGUACCUCUUAUAUAAUAAUUGUAUUCCAGAAUGGAUGUAUUUCGAUGAAUUAGUUAAAGUACCGGUGUAUCUUUUAUCAAAACUCUUGUAACCUCUCAAGCCCGAUUUUUACUAUUGCUCGCUAAUUGAUGUUCACCCACCGUCUCCGGGCUCGUUGUUUUUAUGUCUGUUGUCGAGGUGUAUUAUAAACAUUUCCUACGGUACUUUUUAUAUGAUAAAUAUCCAUAAUUUUGAGUUACUUCAAAAUGAACAAAGAACUACGUCACCAUCGCCGAUGCUGGCAUCAAGAACCGGCUGAAUCUGCAACCAAUAUCUAUGUUCAUACUCAAGCAUAAGGGCAAACACAGCAAAACUGCUCAUAUUUCGCUCGAGUUCGAGAAUGAGCCGCCUCUCACAGUUCUCCAUUUAUACUCAAUUUCAAAAACGAUAUAAAUCGAGGUAUUUAUUCACAUAGCUUAUACUAUAAAUAUUUUUAUUUUCAUUU